AUGGCGUUCGGUCUAGAGUUUGCUUUCCUGCAGUCUGCACACGAAGCCUCACAUCACCAACAGCAGGCAGCACAGAACAGCCUGUUGCCGCUCCUGAGCUCUGCUGUUGAGCCACCCGAUCAGAAGCCGAUUCUGCCCUUACCAAUAACGCAGAAACCUCAGCCCGCACCAGAAACGUUAAAGGAUGCUAUUGUUGGGAUUAAAAAGGAAAAACCUAAAACCUCCUUUGUGUGCACUUACUGCAGCAAAGCUUUCAGGGACAGCUACCAUUUGAGGCGCCACGAGUCCUGCCACACGGGCGUAAAGUUAGUGUCACGGCCAAAGAAAACUCCCACCACGAUGGUGCCCCUUAUCUCGACCAUCGCUGGUGACAACAGCCGAAGUUCGCUGGUUUCCACCAUCGCGGGCAUCCUGUCCACGGUCACUACGUCUUCCUCCGCCACCAACCCCAGCAGCAGCGCCGGUGCCACGGCCAUGUCAGUGACUCAGACGGUGAAGAAGCCCAGCAAGCCCGUUAAGAAGAACCACGCUUGCGAGAUGUGCGGGAAGGCCUUCAGGGAUGUGUACCACCUCAACCGGCACAAGCUGUCCCACUCGGAUGAAAAACCCUUCGAAUGUCCCAUUUGCAAUCAGCGCUUCAAGAGAAAGGAUCGCAUGACCUACCACGUGAGGUCUCACGAAGGUGGCAUCACAAAACCCUACACCUGUGGUGUUUGUGGAAAAGGCUUCUCGAGGCCUGAUCAUCUAAGCUGUCACGUUAAACAUGUUCACUCAACAGAGAGACCCUUCAAAUGCCAAACGUGCACUGCUGCCUUUGCCACCAAAGACAGACUGCGGACACACAUGGUGCGCCAUGAAGGAAAGGUAUCGUGUAAUAUCUGUGGUAAACUUCUGAGUGCAGCAUAUAUCACCAGCCACUUAAAGACACACGGGCAGAGCCAAAGUAUCAACUGUAAUACCUGUAAACAAGGCAUCAAUAAAACAUGCAUGAGUGAAGAGACCAGCAAUCAGAAGCAGCAGCAGCAGCAACAGCAGCAGCAGCAACAACAACAACAGCAGCAACAGCAGCAGCAGCAGCAACAACAGCAGCAGCAACAGCAGCAGCAGCAGCAGCAUGUAACAAGUUGGCCGGGAAAGCAGGUAGAGACCUUGAGAUUGUGGGAAGAGGCCGUCAAAGCAAGGAAGAAAGAAUGUCAGUUCACCUUUGAGAAGGCUAUAGAGUACGUACCAUUCGAAGCUGCUAACUUGUGCCAAACCUCCACUGCUGCUACUACGCCUGUGACUCUUACUACUCCAUUCAAUAUAACGUCCUCUGUGGCUUCUGGGACUAUCACAAACCCAGUCACAGUGGCAGCUGCAAUGAGCAUGAGAAGUCCAGUAAAUGUAUCAAGUGCAGUUAAUAUAUCCAGUCCGAUGAACCUAGGGCAUCCUGUAACUAUAACAAGUCCGUUAUCCAUGACAUCUCCAUUAACGCUCACCACACCAGUCAAUUUACCCACCCCAGUAACCGCUCCAGUGAAUAUAGCGCAUCCAGUCACUAUAACAUCUCCCAUGAACCUCCCCACACCGAUGACGUUAGCUGGUCCGUUAAAUAUAGCGAUGAGACCAGUAGAGAGCAUGCCUUUCCUGCCCCAGGCCUUGCCCACGUCUCCUCCCUGGUAAAGAAUUUCUAAACAGUAUUAAAAAGGAUUAAAGUGGAAUCCUUACCAGCAGUUCUUUUUUGGGGUUUGUUUUUUUUGUUUUUGUUUUUGUUUUGUUUUGUUUGUUUUAUUGUUUUUUUUUAGUUAAUCAUAAAUUCAAACUAAGACACCGGGGCAACAUGCACCAUCAGAGACCAUAGUAGCAUCUUCCCCUGUUGAUUUGGCUCACAUGGUUCAACCUUGAGUUUCACUGGAGCACUUCAUUUAAAGUAAGUUUUACCUUCUAGCUGACUGAUGCUGAAUUAGAGCAGAUACACAUUUGCCAGAGUUUUGUUUUGUUUUGUUUUCCUUAAGAAAGUCAUUAAAAAACAGUUUUAUGUUUUGUCCCCCAAAUAACUUAGAAAAUUAUUUUAAUCUAAACACUAGCAAAGACCCCUUGGAUGUGGAUGGCUGAUUUUAACUUGCCAGUCGUUAAGUCCACUGUUUCUGGGCUAGUGUAGAAUCUUCGUCUGUGUUGAUGGUUUUUUUUUGGUUUUGUUUUUUUUGUUUUUGUUUUAUUUUUUGUUUUACUAUUUUUUUUAAUGAGUAAAUGCAUUACAAUGUUGUCAUUUAAAAAAAUGCAUUUUGGAUUAAAUAUGCAUUUUACCUUUGGGAAUAUGAUAAUUUCAGGCAGCAUUCCCUAUGGGAAAGGUGAUACCAGCUCUGAUAUGCAAAGCAUAUGAUAACUUAUCAUUCUAACUUCAACAUAUAAUAGGGAUUGUGACCUGAUAUUUGGAGAUGUAAAUAUUACCCAACAUAUUACCCUAAGGGAAUAUAGCAUUGUAGUCAACAUUUUUUUAAAAAAACUGUUAUUGUUUGGUGAGAAACAGCCAUGGCUGACAGAAGAGGAGUCGAAAUGUAUGUAAACAUGGUCUCUGAACAGUCAGACCCCUAUGGGACUCUUACCUAGGAGCAAAAGGAGUGCUUUGAAACUUAAGAAAUAUUGCUUUAAGCUGGAAGAUUCUGGAGGCACUGGGUAUGAUUUUUAUGCCCUCUGCUUCCCAAUCAAAACCUGCUGGUGUUACAGCAGGGGACAGACGUGUUAGUUGUUCACUAGAAGUUUUGUCUUAUAUUAAAUUGUAUACAGUUUUUAUUCUAACCACUAACUAGGUAGGAUGCCCCUUCAGGACAAGCAGAGAGCGUCUUUUAAUUUCUCCCCUAUUUCUUAAUCAAGUGUUGUGCAAAUCUGUUCAACUUUGUAAAUAUUUGCAAACAUCAUCAUUUUUACGUUAUUCUUCUAUUGUGUUAACACAUUUCUAUCAAUUUGUGGGAGUUCUGGGGUGAUGGUUUGAGCUGUCCAGCCCAGAACUUCUCCACAAAUGGUCACACAUGUUUAAGCUACAUGUGCUUUUUAUUUCUUAACCUGUUUAUCUGUACAUAACGUAGAAAGCAAAAUCUAGGGAAACAGAUAUACUUUCUAGACUAUCAUGUCACAUAUUCACAUUUUAAAACUUUGUUUUUUAAAAAAAAAAAGAAAACACCCUAAAACCAAGACUCUACAUUAAAAAAAAAAAAAUUACAGUUGAGAUGUUUUUAUUUUAAUGAAGCUGAAAGCUAUGGAGAUUAGCGUGUGUGCAUUUUCACAGAGUGCUAGCAGGACUGACUAGUCAAAAUGGACUGCUUCCGUUUCUACCCUGCCGUGUCAGUACAAGCAGUGAUUGCCAGACUUUGGGUCAGGUGACAGGUAUCUGUAUCAUUACGUGAAACUGUUCUAGGGGCUUGGACUACAUAGUAAAACAAAAACAACAAAAAAAUAGAGCUUAGUGUAAAAUAAUUUUAUAAAUGAUCUUUUGUACUUUAGGACAUCAAAUUGUACAACUUUUGUAUAUAUAAAAGCUUAGGAACUUUCUGUUUAGCAGAAAGGAAACACAUUCCUACACUUUUAAUGUAUAUGUUUGUUAUAAUGUCCAUGUAAACAUAUGCCCUAUGUUUGUGCCUUUUAAUUAGUUUGUCUCAAUAAACAAAAAUGUAGAGAA